AUGAAGACGUGCAUGCUACUCGCAUCAGCGGCGGCUCUCGCCUUGUGUCGGAGGCAGAGCCUCAAAUCGCAAGUCCCAACAUUCGAUUUAUGUGCGGCCAGCCCUUUGUUCCCGGACUAUCAGCUGGCUUGCGGGAAACUUCCAAUCUGGUCUUCCCAAGCACCCAAUCUCGACGAGGCUGCUACUAACCGGACCACUGAGCAGCCUAAGAAGGACAUCUGGCGUUCGGACGAAGGGUGGAUUGGGCCUCACACUUGCGCCGGAGCUUACUGCGCGUAUUCGCGGCCAUCAUUUGCCAAUGGCCGUGGAAUUGUAUUGGUGAGCACGGCUUACAACGCCGAAGAGGCCUCGCACAUCUCUGCAUUCACCACGUCGGCAAAUGAUGUCAAGGACAAAGGUGACAGCGCCUUAUUCCGCGUCGUUGAGAUGCCUGGCAAGGGGUUGGGACUCAUCGCGGCGAAGAAGAUUAAAAGAGGCCAAUCCAUCAUGACACUUCCCCCGGCGAUUGUCAUUCACCGACGAUUCAUCGAUGAUGUGGACCUGGAGAACCAGUAUAGACUACUCGACAUUGCCGUCAACAAUCUACCGAAAGCCACACGCGAAGUGUUUUUGUCCCAGAUGGGACAGUCUGGUGGCCACAAGGUCCACGAUAUCAUUCACACCAACUCGUUUGAGAUGCGCUUGGCCAUCAAAGAUGGCCAUCAUUUCGGAAACUACCCAGAGGUUUCUCGCUUUAAUCAUGACUGCAGGCCUAAUGUUGCCUUCUAUAUCGACUCUGAUUUGCGGCAUCACACUCAAGCUGUCAGAAACAUCGAGCCCGGCGAGGAGCUUACCAUCUCCUACGUCGACUCACUUAGUUCAAGACAAGUCCGGCAGGACCGUGCCAAGCGCAACUGGGGCUUUGGUUGCACUUGUAAGCAGUGUAGUCUCCCACCUGCAUUGGUUAAGGAUUCAGACGACCGGCUGUGGAAGAUGUGGCAGAUGGAGCAGGAAUUGAGUGACUGGAACUCGAUUACCUUUGACGAAGACACGAUUGAGGCUCUCAUAAAGCUCUAUCGCGAGGAAAAUCUGGAUAAGUCUCAUGGCUACGGGGCAUACAGGCUGGCCGCUUUGAACUACAACUCAAUACAGAAUGAAAAGAAGGCACUUGAGUAUACGAAGAAAGCUGUGGAGCAGCUCGUAUUGGAGCAGGGCCCCAAGGCAAAGGACCUUGCCGACAUCCUGGCUCUGCUGCAAGAGCCAAAGGCCCACUGGAGUUGGGGCAAGAGAAUGUGA